UCCUUUCUAUAUAAAUACAGUUCACAGUUUAGGCAUUUACAGACACUUUCAGAGAGUGACUUAGACAGAUUAGCUAUAUUCUUUGCACAUGCAAUCCAUUUAUACAGCUAGAUAUUUACUGAAAUAAUACAGGAUAUGUACCUUGCUCAAUCAAAUCUACAACCUUGGCGUUACAAGGCUAUUUACCUAACCAUUAUGCUUCACUGCACAAAUUGCAAUGUGUAUCUUGAAUAGAGACGCAGGACUGAAGCUGGACUCAAUUUCAUGUUCUCCAUCCUCAAUCCAGAUGUGCGUGCAAUUAGAAGACAUGAAUGAUCUUUUUUGUUUACAGUCAAACAGUCUGUCUGUACAGAAGCCAUUAGGUAGUCCCAAAUUCUUUAGUGUGUGUUAAUUAAAGUACAAAAAUGGGGCCUUUCCACAUAACUGCAAUUUGAUAUUGGGAAUUUUCCUUCCUGCACUUUUGCAUGUUACAAAGAUCCAAGAUGAUUCUGUGGUUACACAACAGCCCCUGCGGUGACUUCUUUUUUGACAGAGCUCAAUAAAACACACAGACCCUGCCUUUGAGUGAGUUUUAAAUGGCUUUGCCUCAGGGAACACAAGAUACAGGGCUGCUAGACAAGGCACAACCCACUUUUUGUCCUCUCCCUCUCUCCAAACUCUAUAUAAAGCCAGAGCUCCAGACGUAAAGCUUACACUUGGCUCCCUGUGCUAGCUGUGUUGACGGUCAUCUUCAGAACAUGUCCAUGUCCAUGUCUAUGUCCUCCUCCAACAUGUCGAUGCUUGGAGGUUCUAGCUUUUCUGAUGGCCUUGGCCUGGCCAGAGGAGGCGGGGCCAGGAUUGGCCUGGGUCUCGGGUCCGGGGCUGGCAUUGGGAUGGGGCUUGGAUUGGCAGGAGGUAGGCUGGGCAUGGGAGUAGGCGGCUUGGGUAUGGGAGCCGGUGCCGGGAUGGGUCUCGGAGCUGGGGCAGGGGCCGGGCUUGGUCUCGGAGUUGGGCUGGGGGCCGGGCUUGGUCUCGGAGGAGGGCUGGGGGCCGGGAUGUUAAUGGGCGGCGGCAUGGGCGGCGGCAUGGGCGGCGGCAUGGGCGGCGGCCUGGGCGCUGGCGGCGGAGGUGUACUGGUACCCAGCGCCGCCUUCUCCAUGGGGCGCACCAUCGCUGCGGGGGGCCUGAGCGCCGGAUCGGCCCUGAUCGCAAAGCCCGAGGUGAUCCCCCUGAUGCGCGCUGUCCUUUCGCGGGCCGACGAGAAGAGCGUUCUCUCCGGGCUGAACGACCGCUUCUCCCUGUACAUGGCCAAAGUGAAGGGGCUGCAGCAGGAGAACGCCACCCUGGAGGCCAAGCUGUCCCAAUUGACUGGAGGGGCAGACAUGGACCCAGAGAUGUCAAGCGUCACCACCGUGGAGUAUGAGGCCCAACUGGCCGAAUACCGCAACACGCUGGAGACUCUUACCCUCGAUACCGUCAAGCUGGAAAUUGACCUGGACAACAUCCGCGCCACAGCCAGUGAACUCAAAGCCAAGUAUGAUUUUGAGCAGGGGGUGAAGGCCCAGCUGGAAGCUGACAUCGUAUCUAUGAAAAAGGACAUCGAGACGGCCUCCGACCUGCGAAUUGACCUGGGUGCGAAACAGUCCAGCCUGAAGAACGAGCUAGACUAUGUCACCAAGACUCAGAUGGAGGAGCUGGCAAACCUGCAUUCCAAGUUGGGCCCCAGAAGCACAGACACGUCCGUGGCAAUGAUUGAGGUGGACACAGGCAAGUCCUUCGACAUUUCGAGCGCGCUCAGCAAGUUAAGGACGGAGUAUGAGAAAACUGUCCAGCAGCACAGAGAGGAAGCCGACGCCUACUACAAACUCAAGAUGGAUGAGAUCCAGACAGCCACCGAGAAGAACACAGAGGUCAUGUCCACCACCAAGGACGAGAUCAUUGUCUGCAGGAAGGAGUUGCAGGCCCUGCAGCUGGAGCUGCAGAGCCUGAUAAGUGUAAACAUAAGUCUAGAGCAGAAUCUAGCUGAGGCUCAGGCCAUUUCCAGCACAGUCGUGACAGACUGCCAGAGCCAGAUCGCCGGCCUGGAGUCCGCUAUUGAGAUGGCCAAGGCUGAACUCCAGAAGCAGACUGUGUCCUACAGGGAGCUGCUAGACAUCAAGCUAGCCCUGGACAUUGAGAUCUCCACCUACAGGAAGUUGCUGGAAGCAGAUGACCUCAGCAUCUCUGUCCAGUCUGGCCCCGAGACCUCAGCAUUCCUCUUUUCAAGCCCCCCUGACACCUUCUCCCAUUUCAAAUCGGCUCCUGCGGACAUCACAUCCUCCCCCGAACCCUCCCUCCCUUCUAUGGAGUUUGAGCCGCCUGAAAAAGCACAGGAAGAGGAACCGCCUGCCAAAGAGAGUUCCCUCCCAGACAAAGAUGCAGCAGCUGAUACCCAGGAAUCAGGCCCAGAGGAACAAACAGGGUCAACCACACAUUCUGAAGCUGACGACUCUGAGUCCUAACCAUCAGAUCUCCAUGUGGGUAACUGAAGAUCUGGAACAACCAGUAUCCCACUUUCAAUCAAAUAAAUUCUCCUGUUUGAACAAGAAA